AUGGAUUUGGCCAAACGUGAGCUGCGGGAGACGGGGCCGCAUGGCACCGUAAUCUUGGCGGAGGAAAUGACCUCUGGACGUGGGAGAUCUGGUGCGAAGUGGGUCUCUCCAGAUGAGGGAAAUCUUUACUUGACUCUUCUUCUCCGUGCUGCAGGGUCAGGGUCAUUGAAUCAGGAUAGGCGUGUACAAGUGAACUUGGCAACUCCCUUGGCAGUGGCGGGAGGUAUUGCAGAGCUUGUCCCCAAUUUGCAGCCGAAGCUCCGCUGGCCUUUGACGGUGGAAGUGGGUGGCCGCAAAGUUUCUGGGGCACUCAUUGAGAUACACAAUCAGGAUGGCUUGGAACACUUUGCCGUAGGGGUUGGAAUUAAUGUCAAUGCAGAUUUUUGCAACAACCAGUCUUUCUCUCAGGCUGUCACAAGUUUGCGCUGCGCAGCACAGACUGUCAUGGAUCGGGAGCUUCUUUUGGCGAAGAUUUGCGACAAUUUGGAAGAACAUAUAUCCACGCCUUCUGUACAUGAGUUGAAGCAGAGGUAUUUGGCCUGGCCUUCAGAUACUUCUAUCGGCAGUGCGGUGUCCCUCCUCAACAAAACAAGUAAGGAUUUGAUCCUGGAUGGGGUGGUCACUGGCUUGACCAACUCUUUGGCCUUGGUGGUCCAAGCCUCCAAUGGAAGCAACAUUGAGGUCUUGGGUACUGGAUCGAUCACGGUCUUUCCGCAGGGGCAUCUUUACAAGACCGAGUUGUAA